AUGCGAACAUUCGGGUGUCAGACAUACAUACUGACGCCUAAAGAGAAUCGACUCAAGUGGGAUCCAAAGGCUCGCGCUGGCAUAUUCGUGGGCUACGAAGAAGUUUCGAAGGCAUAUCGUGUUUAUGACAUCGAGGCGGGGCAGGUGGUUAUCAGCCGCGAUGUCAACUUCGACGAGUCCACCUUUGGACUUCAACUGCCGAUCACUGAUGAAGAUGUCGAUGACCUGGACUUCGAAUUGCUGGAUCUUGAUGACGAAGAGCUGCGUCAAAUGGAGUACAAGCAAACAGGCAAGCGCAAGAACCGACUCAAUGAUGAAGAUACAGCAGCUCCACGACCGCGUGCAGUGCGUCAACGACCAGGACUAGAAGAGUCAAGCGCGCCGGAAAACAACUCGUCACGACAAGAAGAAGACGAAGAAACGAAGGAUUCUGGUGAUUCAACACCGCCUGUGUUUUGGCGUGCGAGUGCAAAUGCCGUUGAAGCAGCAGUGGACUUAUCAGAACCCUCAACAUUUGAAGCAGCAGUAAGCGGCCCUGACCAAGUGCACUGGAGAAAAGCAAUUCAUGCAGAGCUCGAGUCAAUGCGACUUCGCGGUGUGUUUCGUGCAGCCAAGCUGCCCAACGGACAACGCGCCAUUGGCACAAAAUGGGUGUUCAAGAUCAAGCGCAAGGCGGAUGGGUCAAUCGAGAAGUACAAGGCACGACUUGUGGCCAAGGGUUUCCGCCAAAAGUAUGGCAUCGACUACACGGAGACGUUUUCGCCUGUGGUCAAGUAUGUGACGCUGCGAAUGGUGAUCGCAAUUUCCAAGCAUUUUGGAUGGCCCAUCGACCAGCUUGAUGUGGUGACAGCUUUCCUGUAUGGCGUCAUGAAGGAACAAGUGUUCUGCGUGAUUCCUGAAGGCGUCGAACUUGACAGUACGUUCGACUGCCUGGAAUUGGUGAAGUCAAUUUACGGCCUCAAGCAAGCGUCGCGAGUGUGGAACGAGACGUUCGACGAGUAUACUUCGGACGGCCAUUGCGUGUUUAUACUGGUCUACGUGGACGACGUCUUGGUGACUGGAAGCUCGCUCGAGCUGAUUGCACAAACCAAGAACGACCUGAAGACGCGGUUCGAAAUGACGGACAGCGGCAAGUGUGCGUUUGUUCUUGGGAUCGAGCUUUUGGACGGUGAAGAUGGCAGUGUGACACUAUGUCAGCGUCGGUAUGUCGAUGAUAUCCUCAAGCGCUUUGGCAUGGAUGAUUGCAAGGCAGUCGCAAGUCCAGUCGACAUGAGCUCUCGACUUGUUUCAAGUGAUGCAACUACCAAGGUCGAUGCUCCUUUUCGCGAAGCUGUUGGUGCGUUGAUGCACCUGACCACUGCAACGCGUCCGGACAUUGCGUUUGCUGUGGGCUAUGUGUCGCGGUUCAUGGAAAAUCCCCAAGAAGAACACUGGGUUGCAGUUAAGCGUAUCUUUCGCUACCUACAAGGCACCAAGACGCAUGGAAUUUGCUACAAGCCAAGUGCAAGGAUCGACUUCCGUGGAUAUUCGGAUGCGGAUUGGGCUGGUGAUCUUACCGACCGCAAGUCAACAUCGGGGUACACGUUCAUGCUACUCGGUGCGCCAGUCAGUUGGGGCAGCAAGAAGCAGCCAAGUGUUUCGUUGUCCACGAGUGAAGCCGAAUACAUCGCACUCAGCUUGGCGAUUCAAGAGGGCAAGUGGAUUCAUCGUCUGCUUUGUGAGAUCGUGAUGGCUGCCAAUGAAGAAGGACCGGAACUCAUGAUCCAUGAAGACAAUCAGUCGUGUAUCAAGAUGACGAAGAACCCAGUCAACCACGGCCGUGCCAAGCACAUUGAUAUCAAGUACCAUCACAUCCGUGAUGAGGUCAAGCGCGGUGAAGUGAAGCUCAAGUACUGUGAAACUGCGGUGAUGUUAGCGGACAUCAUGACGAAGGGACUUCACGGGCCACGCCACAAGGAGAUGACGGCGACUCUCGGGAUUCGUGAGCAUUCGGAUUGA